AUGCCUCCAUUCAAGGAUGAGCAUGUGCUCAUCAUUUCGCCCGGGUCCCAGAUCACUGCUGCGCAACUGGGCCUUCCAGAGACGUUCACUCCUCCAAAGUUCCGCUUUCCCACUCGCAUGUUCCCUAGUCUUAAGCCAGGGGAAUGGGAACCAUUAAGGAUCCGAAGCAAGACCGUCAAGGUCCCAAAAGCCACGCCAACUGAAGCCUUGACUAAUGGCACGGAGCCGAAGGCUGAGCAGCCUAAUGGAGAACCUGUUUUGGUUGCAGAUGUCGAAAUGCAAGAAGCCCCCGUGCUGACAGAGGCAAACGAAGCAGUAGUGCCAGCACCACCAGCAGAUCCUCCGGCACAGGCGGCCGUAGAUGUAUCGCAAGAUGCCCAGUCAGAAGCACCACCAGAAGCCCAGCCGGAACUACCAUCAGAAACAGCUCAGGCGCAAAUAGAAGAAGCAGCUCCUACCAAAGAAAAGCAGGAGACCUCACAAGAAGGGCAGGACUCUCAACAGCAGGAGACAACGCAGGUGGUCGAAGAGGAUUCUAUCGAAACAUUCGAGGAUGAUCACUGGUCUACAGAAGGCGCCGUCUAUCCCAUCCGCGAAGGUCGCAUCGAGAAUUGGUCAUGUUUCUUUGCGCUCUUGUCACACAUCUACAAUAUGAUUUCCCCGCCUUUCCACAUGCCGGUCCUAUUCGUCUCUCAGCCAUGUUGGUCGAGUCGGGAUAAAGAGAUGAUUACUCAGUAUGUGUUCGAGAAUUGGAAAAUUCCAGCCUUCUGCCUCAUGGACGCUGCUUUAACGGCCUGCUACGCCUACGGAGUGCCAACCGCAUUGGUGGUGGACGUUGGCCACAGCAAAACCGACAUUACCGCUGUAACGGAAUUCCAGCUCAAUGAAAUCGGCCGUGGUGUCGCGCUUGCGGAUACGGGCGGACAAGCAUUGACGAAGAGAUUGCAGCAGGAGCUGAAGAAGAACGAUUUUGACGAGGAUAUGGCCGAGCAAUUGAAACGAAGUCCUAUUUGUGAAAUUCUCCCCCUUGGUGCCGCUCUGCCAACUGGAGCGGCCAAUCCUGAAACCGUGAACCCUGCUGCUGCUGCGUCGACUGGAGCCUUAGACUCGGGUGUCAAUGCUAGAGAUACGGAAGGGCUACGUCCUGGACAGCAACCACGAGGUCCUGGAUUCGGAACUGCCGUCGGAGAUGAUGCUGUCAAUGACGACAACGACGAGGAGGACGAUGGUGUUCUAGACGUUGCGGCAAUCGUUGCUAGAGACAAUGCUGCCGAACUGUUAGCUAAGAGGGAGCGAGAGAAAGCUGAGAGGGCUUUGGCAAAGAGCAAAAGUGGUGCGGAACCACCUCGGCCAGUCCGGCUCAGAAAUUCGGAGCGAGAACGUGCAAGCUUUACGUACGUCGAAUACCUUCCGAUCCAAGAAUCAGAAGACCCUGACGCAGUGCCCACUGCACGGAAACGGAAGCGAGAGAUAGAAGUGGGCGUGGAAAGAUUUAUGGCUGCCACCCCUGCCCCUGGUAUGACGGACGGUAUCAUCGACACCAUAGCGGAGGCGAUCCACCACACGAUUCUCAGUGUCCCCGAAGUACCUCAGAGAUCCUCUCUCUGGGAUAAUUUGAUCAUUUUAGGAAAUGGAAGUCGGAUAAGAGGGUUCUCCAGCUCUCUAUUGGCGACAUUGAACGCAAGAUACAUUCUAUCGCCGUCGACAGCAACAAUAUUCACUUCUGAACUCCCAUCAAACUUCACCACGCCUGUUGCUACCCCUGGAACCAAUACACCAAUCCCCGGUCAAGGUGGACACCUCCAACACCACCUCGGCGGUCAUGGCGUUAACCCGCUCCUGGUUGCUGCCACGAAGAACAUGAUGCAACCAAACCCGCACCUCCAAGUCCCUGCCCAGUUAGGAGCCGAUCCGAGCUUACACCAGAGCCAUCGCGGAUUCAGCCAGUCACCAACGUCGAUCAAAACAGUGAAACCUCCCGAAUAUUUCCCUGAGUGGAAAGACCCCAGCGUGUCGGGCAUGGAGGAAGCAUCCUUCCUCGGUGCCCAAGUCGCUGCCAAAGUCGUCUUCAUCGUCGACCAAGGUAACUCCAAAGGCUUUUUGACUCGGAGUGAGUACAACGAGCUGGGCCCCACGGGAAUCCAUGAUUGUGCUAUGUAG